AUGUUUAAAGGUGCAAGAAGACCAGGGUUCAUUGUGGCUACACCACUGAACACUCCAAUUGUGAUGCACAGAGUUGGCAAACCACAACACGUGUCAAAGGACGACGUGCUCGGAUUCCUAGAGAAGUUCAUCACCGAGAAGGAAUCAAUAGAGUCUGUGACUGCUGCGGCCACAGCCGUUUCCGUGGACUCUACAGUUGUUGAUGGCGAAUCAUUAUCUACUACUAGCAGUACUGGUGCCAUGUUGAGUAUAGACACAAACCUAUCUAGUGCCAUCUCUCAAUUGAAGAGAGUGCAAAGAGACUUUAAAGGGCUGCCACCUCUUUCAUUCACUCCAGUGGCUACAACUACUACUACUACUACAACUGAAGAAAUUCCUGCUACUUCUGUGACGACGGAAAAUGGUGAAGAAACUAUUACUACUUCUGCGACAGGAGGAAAGAAAGUUACUUUUGACGAAUAG